AUUUUACACCAUCAUGGCCUUUUUUUAAAAAAAAAAUUUAAUUUUUUUAACAAAUUUUCUUAAAGAAAAAAAAAUCCGAAAAUGUUGGCCGAAAAAUCAUUAUCAGCUCCAAACUCUCCCCGUAAUUCACUUUAUAAACGUCAUAGGAUGUCUCUUCCAAUUUCAAGAGCUUAUGUAAAUCCUUAUUUUUCUUCAAGAGAGGAGACCGGUGUAAUGCUAGCCAAACUAAUAAAAUAUUACGCUCGUAACCCUGAUACUGUCGUCCUCUCUAUUAAACCAACUGCUACGGCCCUGGCCCACGAGAUUGCCAAAGAAUUAGAAUUACCUUUAGAUUUAUUUCUAGUGAGUUCUUUUCAAUUCGAUGGUAUGACAGUUGGUGCUAUCACUGAUAAAUCUGAUCAACCACUAUUAAAGGAACAAAUCAUCAGGGGUUGUGAUAUUCCGAAAGAAACUAUUAAUGAUUUAAUAGCUAAAGAGCGAAUUGCGCUUGAAACCCUUAAAAAAGAAUGUUGUCCGCUAAAUUUGCCUUUACCUGCUUCUGAAAAUGCUACAUUGAUUUUAUGUACUGAUGGUAUUCAAUCUGGACAAAAUGCUCGUAAUGCUAUUGCCAUACUGAAAAAAAUUUUGGGUUAUCGUGGUAAAAUUGUGUUAGUCGCCGGUAUUAUGGGAUCAGAUGCUCAGAAAAUGUUUAUGAAAGAAACUGAAGAUGCUAUUGCUGUUCUAUGCCCACAAGUUGUUGGUACAGUUGCUUCAUGGUACGAUGAUACUCGUGUACUAACGAACGAAGAAGUAAGACAAAUCAUGUCACAAGCAAGAGAUUUAUCAAAAAAUAUUUAAUCUUAAGCGUUAUUUAUUACGUUUUCUUAUUUCAGAUGUAUUUAAUAUAUUGAUUUGUACAUAAUUUCUUUUUUAUAUUUUAUAUUUUUUU